UUCGAGCUCUUUUGGUUAGUUCGUACUAUUAAAAAACGGAAUUUAAGCGAAGGUAAAACGUAUUAUGCAUAAAUAUUGAGGCAGGGAUAAAUCGUACAGAAAUUGAAGGACGUCUCAUAGUUAAGACACGUUCGAAUUGAUGGUAGACUCACUCAAAAUUUGCGAAAAUUAUUUUGCAAGUGUUGCUACAAGAACCAUACUAGUUUUUGCCAUAACCUUCAAGAACGAUGAAUAGAUUCGAAUACAUUGGAUCUCGACUUUUUCCAAAUGAAUCUUAUAUAAGACGCGAUAUUGGCGUACAUUUAUAUGAUGGCGACAAUAAGACAAACUUCGAAGGGGGUGAAUUAAUUCUUACAAGCCAUAGAGUCCUUUGGGGAAGACCUGGUGAUAUAUCUCGUGGUAAUACAUGUCUUUCACUAUCCCUUCAUCAUGUUAUCUUUUUUGAAGAAGAAGCUUCUGGUCCAUUUUCCUUUGGGCGUAGCAAAAAAGUUAUUAUGCAUCUCUCUGAAGCUAUAUCUGAUAAAAUGCCUGGUCCGUUAGAUAAUAGCAUAUACAACUAUGUCAAAUUAUCAUUUAAAGAAGGUUUAGAUCCAAAUUUUAUCAUACACUUAUCUGAUACUAUUAUGAGACGGACUUGGGAAAUAACACCUAUUAUGUCUGUAAAUCAGUUUGAUUCUAAUGUGCAAAAUAGAAGUGGCAAUGUUAAGCCACCUCCACGAAUAAAAACAAGAACUGGUAUUAUAGGCAUAGAAAGAAGUCUCCAGGAACAACAGAAAGCAACAGAUGAAAGUAUAUCAAAGGCAUUUCAAGAUCUCAAAAAGCUUAUGGAAAUGGCCAAAGACAUGGUUUCCAUUUCAAAAACCAUCUCAGCAAAAAUACGGGAGAGGCAAGGAAACAUCUCGGAGGAUGAGACAGUCACAUUUAAGUCUUACUUACUGAGCCUCGGCAUUGACGACCCUGUAACACGAGAUGCAUACAAGACUAGUAAUGAAUAUUUCAAGCAAUUGGCAAAGCAACUUGCAGAUAUUUUAGAUGAACCUAUUAAAGAUGUUGGGGGAAUGAUGACGUUAACGGAUGUUUAUUGUCGUGUAAAUAGAGCUAGAGGUAUGGAACUUCUGUCACCAGAAGACUUGUUGAACGCAAGUAGGCAAUUAGCGCCUUUAAAUUUACCUAUAGUAUUGAGAAUUUUUGACAGUGGGGUUAUGGUUCUCCAAAUUCGAUCUCAUGAUGAUAAUGCCAUUGUUGAUCUUAUAGCUGAACUGAUAAAUGAAAAAGGAUCUCUAACGGCAGAAGAACUUGCACAAUCGGAAGGUAUAUCUGUUCUACUAGCACGUGAAAGAUUACUAGUUACAGAAAAGAAUGGGAAAGCGUGUAGGGAUGAUACAAUCGAAGCCUUAAGAUUCUACCCCAAUUUAUUUUUGGAGCGAGAUGAUUAACGCCAAUAUUCUGACUGCCAUUUAAGUAUAAAAACGUACUAAAUUUUAAACAGGCAUAGUUUGCCUGUAAUGUAAAACUCGUUACUAAAACUUCGUAUAUUUUUUGUGCCUUUACAUAUUACACGCAUAAAACGAAUCAAAGUUAAACAUUAAAUAUCUAAGAAAAUGGAGACAGCACAUAAAUUCGAAGAUGAAUGGUGUAUUAUUUUUAUUUUGAAAUUAAUAUCUAUUCUAAUCAUUGAUAUUUGUAAUAAAACAUAAAAGGAAAAACAAAUACCUUUAUGCAUCAUACAUGCAAAUAAAAAUUGCUUUUCACUGAUGGCUAAAUUAAGGUAAGAUUACCAAAUUGUAAUUGUUAAAU